AUGCCUGUGGUUGUCGACCGGACGCGUGCCAUGACUGCGUCCGUCGUCCGUCUGUCUCCUCUCAAGCCAUCUGCUGCACACGAUGCUCCAACGGACGUCCCUCGACGCAAGCGCAAGGCGAACAAGGGCAAGGAGGUCGAGGAGGCUGAGGAGGAAGCUUGGGCUUGGCGGUCCUUGACCGACUCCUCUGUGAGUAGGGUUCCGCCAGUGUUUACGAGGGACGGGAGCUACUUUUUCUCGGCCGUCGGGGCAGCGGUGAAGAUCCACUCCACAGCGACUGGGGAGAUUGUUUCGACGCUCACUCCUCCAUCGAACAAUGUUGCCGGCCCCACGGGAGAAAACCUGCCUCAAGAUGCGGUCACGGCCGCCGUGCUCAAUCCCCACAACCAGUUCCAGUUGAUCACAAGCUCUUUGGACGGGUGCCUUCGCGUCUGGGACUUCCUCGACGGCUCGCUCCUCCAGACUAUCGCUACUUUUCGGCCCAUCUUCCAUCUUGCGGUGCAUGAGAGCUUUCCAGGGUACGUGUUCAUCGCAUCUGCGUUGCCGUCCAAGAGGAAGAACGCAUCUGGAGCUACGACUGCGGAGGACAACUUCGUGGUUCAACGCGUCUCGUUAACUGCGAGCGCAGAUACCGCAAGCUCGUCCGUUCAGACGUCUUCGGAGGCCUUUACUGUGGGCAAGACAAGAGCUACGACUGGACUCGCGACUGCGGACACUAAGGCGGGCUUCACGAAGUUUGUCUCUCCCGAGAAGCUCACCUGCUUGGCGUUCCAUCCCUCCGAGGAGUACUUUGCGACCGGAGACGCCAGUGGCUGCAUCCGACUGUGGUACUGUCUCAACGAAUCCGCGACUAUCAAGACUUCCGGAGUCGGGAAAACCGCUCAGACGACCACGCUACAUUGGCACGCUCAUGCUGUCUCGUCCCUCGCCUUCACUGCAAACGGAGCGUAUCUUCUCAGCGGUGGCGAAGAAGCGGUGCUCGUCCUCUGGCAGCUUCAUUCUGGAAGGAAGGAGUUCGUUCCUCGUGUCGGGUCGCCGAUUGUCCACGUCACUCUUGUCAGCGUCGGUGGAGAGGAGGAAUAUCUGUUGGGCCUCGCGGACGCUUCAUUUGCAUUCGUGCGCGCCUCGACGCUCAAAAUUUCGCGGUCGAUAUCCCGCAUAAAACUAGACCCGGCCGUCUCGUACGAUCGACCAUCGGCAUCCUCCUCGGUCCCUCUCGCCGUACACUCACAGUCCUCCACCCUAAUACUCCCGUCCUCCCAUCCAUCAUCCCUACAAACUUUCUCCCCGUCAUCCUCCAAGCUCGUCUCAGAACUAGAAGUGUCGCCUUCAAAUCGAAUCUCAAGACGAGAUGACAAGCCAUUAGAACCUUCCCGAGUCGAGCGCGUCAUUCUAUCCGAUGAUGGAGUCUGGAUGGCCACAAUUGAUGAGAGGGAAGGCGACGAAACAUUCCGGAGUGAGGUAUACCUGAAAAUCUGGCAGUGGGAUCGCAAGUCCGGCUUCUGGAUAUUGAACACCCGCAUUGAUCGCCCGCAUGGUGUGAAGAAGGUCACCGGAGCCGCAUUUAGGCGAGGAUCAUGGGACUCCGACGGUUUGCUGUUGGCGACUGUUGGACGGGACGGGGACAUUAAGACCUGGAGGGUGCGGUCGGUGAAGACUAAGUCCGACGGGUUGGAAGAAUUCUGGGUCGCGCGCUCCACGUUUCGAUUCCGCACCGAGACACCGUCAGACAUAGCAUGGUCUCCAGAUGGCUCACUACUUGCUGUCUGCGUCGGAGCUCACGUCGCCAUCUACGAGUCGGAGACGAACACACUAUGUCAAGUCCUCACCUGUCCCGACUGUCCCAGUACAACAUCGGUGCAUUUUGUCGGAAGAAGUGGACGUUACUUGGUUGUCGGUGGGCCUCGGGACAUCCAACUGUGGGAUCUCGUCUUCCAGAGCUUACGCUGGCGAUAUCGCAGCGCUGCUGGUCUGGAAUCUGUGGUGUCUCAUCCAUCAGAAGAACAGUUUAUUGCGGUAGAGCGCAUGCCUCCGUCAACCACUUCGUCGACUCCUUCAACUCGUGUCCUGGUUUUCCAGACGCUAUCGUCCAACCCUGUCUCUAUACGCACCCUUCCGUUCCGACUGCGCAGCAUCACUGCCGUUCCAGGAUCCGGUUUCUUCCCCACCGAUCCGUCAGGCUUCACCCUUGUGGGCAUCACUAGUGCUUGGGGCGUGGUCCUCUUCGGAGACGAUGCGCAACUACCGGAUGAAGAAGGCGGCUCGGCCCAGGCCAUCGUGGAAGAUGGAGGCUCUAACAAACGCACGCUGUUCCACGACAUCUUUGGUGCUUCUGCGUUCGCAGACCUCGCGUCUGUACCCGGCCCCUCGAAGACGACCCCAGCAGUUCAACCGUGGCGAGGGAAAGAAGUCGAGGAAAUCUUCAACUCGCCCGCGCAUCUCAUGCCUCCCCUCAAGACACUCUUCGACUCAGUCAUGGACGGCUUCCUCACCUACCGCUCUACGGAGGAAGAAGAGCCGGAAGAGCGAGAAGAUGGCGACGAGGAAGGCGAUGAAAUGGACAUCGACGAAGAAGUGGCCCCUGCCAGCAGUGUGCCUCUUGAGCGUGUUGUUGACACCCAGGAAAUGUCGGGCUUCGUCGAGCUCUUCAUGUACCAUGCGAUCAAACCGUCGUCGACUGGGUAUGUACCACAACAAAUCAAUGGCGCAUCCAAGGUCAAUAGCGUCAACGGUGCGCACGCCACGCCCAAAGCUGCGUCGAAACCUGUCGCCUCUCGACCCAACGGUUUUACACCCAGUCGGCCGGUUGAUUCCAGUGCCGAUACCGACUCUACGCCCGCUAAAGCCGGCAAGAAACGUAAAAAGUCCUUGGCUGAAAAUCAGGAUGGGGAUGUGACAUAG